UCAUCAUCAUACGUCAGGAAGUUCCGCCUUUUAGCACGUCAGGAGUUCUGUUAGCGGAGCGUUUAUACUCAGUUUCAUUUGGGAUUUUAAUAACAAAGAUGGCUGCUCGGAUUAUGCAAGUGGCGCGAUGCCCGACGGACGAACUGUCGUUGACCAACUGUGCCAUCAUCAAUGAAAAGGAGCAACAGUUUGAUCAACAUGUGAUUGUACGUGUUGUAACCCACAAGUAUGUAUUCACAUUGAGGAGGCAUCCCACUGUGAACCUCGGGACCAUCGCCUUCAGUCUACCACAGAGAAAAUGGGCAGGCCUAUCGAUUGGACAAGAGGUUGAAGUAACCAACUAUGUAUUUGACAAGACCAGACAGUGCAUAAGCACCAUGAUAGCGGAGAUAGACUUCCUGCAGAAGAAGACUGUGGACAGCAGCCCUUAUGACACGGAAAUGAUGGCCAGCAAGUUCCUCCAGCAAUUCAAUAACCAGGCCUUCAGCAUUGGGCAGCAGCUGGGGUUUAGUUUCGGUGACAGGCUGUUUAGCUUGCUAAUAAAGGAUACUGAGGCCAUGGACCCCACCGUCUUAAAGACAGGACAGGCCUCUAGCAUGAAACAGAAGGUCUCUCUCUCUCUCACACACACACACACACACACACAUAUAUAUAUAGAGAGCUCAUCCAUAAACCUGGUUGGGAAGGCCAAGACCCGAGAGUCUCGCCAGUCUAUCAUCAGUCCAGACUGGAACUUUGAGAAGAUGGGCAUCGGUGGCCUUGACAAGGAGUUUUCUGACAUCUUCCGUAGAGCCUUCGCCUCCAGAGUCUUCCCUCUAGACCUAGUAGAACAGAUGGGCUGUAAGCAUGUAAAGGGAAUCCUGCUUUACGGCCCCCCAGGAUGUGGUAAAACCCUGAUGGCACGGCAGAUAGGUAAUAUGCUCAAGGCCCGGGAGCCAAAAAUCGUCAACGGCCCCGAGAUUCUCAACAAGUACGUCGGAGAGUCUGAGGCCAACAUUAGGAAGCUGUUUGCCGAGGCAGAGGACGAACAGAAGAGGCUCGGUGCCAACAGUGGUCUUCACAUGAUCAUAUUUGAUGAGAUUGAUGCUCUCUGUAAGCAGCGUGGCAGCAUGGCAGGCAGCACAGGAGUCCACGACACCGUGGUCAACCAGUUGCUGUCUAAAAUAGAUGGAGUGGAGCAACUUAAUAACAUUCUGGUCAUAGGUAUGACCAACAGGCCUGACCUGAUAGAUGAGGCCUUGCUGAGGCCUGGAAGACUCGAGGUGAAGAUGGAAAUAGGCUUACCGGAUGAGAAGGGUCGCGUUCAGAUCCUCAACAUCCACACAACAAAAAUGCGUCAGAAUAAACUGCUGGCGGAGGAUGUAGACAUAGGAGAGCUGGCCACGGAGACCAAAAACUACAGUGGUGCUGAGCUGGAGGGUCUGGUCAGGGCUGCACAGUCCAAUGCUAUGAACAGACAUAUUAAGGCCAGCAGCACAGUGGAGGUCAACAUCGAGACGGCAGAGAUGCUGCAGGUCAGCAGACAUGACUUCAUGGCUUCACUGAAUAAUGACAUCAAACCUGCGUACGGUUCCAACCAGGAGGACUAUGCCAGCUAUAUUAUGAACGGCAUCAUCCGGUGGGGGAACCCAGUGUCAGCGGCCUUGCAGGAUGGAGAGCUGCUGGUGCAGCAGACGAAAAACAGUGAUCGCACACCGCUGGUCUCUGUGUUGCUGGAGGGACCACCCAACAGUGGGAAGACGGCAUUGGCAGCUAAGAUCUCUGAAGACUCCCAGUUCCCGUUUAUCCAGAUCUGUUCCCCCGACAAGAUGAUUGGAUACUCUGAAAUUGCCAAAUGUCAAGCCAUCAAAAAGAUAUUUGAAGACGCCUACAAGUCCCAGCUGAGCUGUGUUGUAGUUGAUGACAUUGAACGUUUAUUGGACUAUGUGCCAAUUGGCCCUCGUUUCUCCAACCUGGUGUUACAAGCUUUGCUUGUGUUACUGAAGAAACCUCCUCCAAAGGGCCGUAAGCUGCUGAUCAUCGGCACCACUAGUCGUAAAGACGUCCUCCAGGAAAUGGAGAUGCUAAACGCGUUCAGCACCAUCAUCCACAUUCCCAACAUCUCAAGUGAAAAGGAGCUGCUUGAGGCCCUGGAGCAGUUGGGCAGUUUCCAGAAAGAGCGGGACACCAUAGCUAAAGCUUUGAGGGGGAAAAUGCUGCAGAUUGGCAUAAAAAAGUUGCUCAUGCUGAUUGAAAUGGCUGCACAGAUGGAUUCUGGCCACAGAGUAAGCAAGUUCCUGAGUCUACUAGAGGAUGAAGGAACACUGGGUUCUAAUAAGUUUGUAAUCUAGUCUCAGUGGAGCCACACAGUGAGGAAGAGUCAGUUGCCGAGGAACAGAAGCCUGAAAGAGGCUGGCAGGAGGAAGCAAAUGAGAGAUAGUUUCCAUCUCUCUCUCUGCAUCCUUCCUUUCCUCCCCGAAGCUCUGAGCACUUCUGCACUGCAGCUUUCUGCAGCAGAGCCAGCCAGGCAGCAUCCUCCUCUUCAGCACUGUGUGAACAUGUCACAUAAGAGGAAUGAGUGGUGUUUGUGGUAUCUGUAUAUUACGUUUCUGAAGACUAGUGCUGUGAUGUCUAUGCGAUGUCCCCAGCACUCCAAUGGGACUUACCAUAUAAAAGAGACAAAGAAAAAAAACAACAUUUCUAUGCCAAGUAGACAUGCAUGCACAAACACUAACUGUUUAUAUAGGCCUUAUUUGUAUGCACAGAUUUGUAAUCUGAUCAUUCCAGGACAAGGGUGGCUCCAUGAUUAAAGAUUUCACUUUGUUCGAAGAAAA